UUUAGUGAGGGUUUCUUCGGAGCUUCUUCACUCUCUCCUUUUUGUUUCUAACCACUUCUUCUUCUUCGGUUUCUCUCCGUUUUUUCGAUCUUGAUGGCUAUGCGCCAUGAGAGUAUUUUGUAUCUUCAGCCAUGAAUCUGCAGAACAAAGCUGUUUCUCAUCGGCUUUCUAGUUGUCGCCGCCAUCCUAGUGAGCCGGUGACUGGGUUCUGUGCCUCCUGCCUCCGAGAACGCCUUGCUGGGAUUGAUUCCGAUACGCGUCAGGAAUCGCCUGUUUUGAACCAGCAUUCUACGUCUGAGCUCCGGCGGAGUAAAUCUUUUUCUGCGGCGAAGCGUGAGGCCGGCAUCGGACGACCGGAGGUGCAGCAUCGGAAGUCGUGCGAUGCUCGCUCCGGUGAUUCGUUGUCGGACCUUUUCUGUCGGGAAGAUAAGCCGAGAUGUACGAAAGAGGUGGAGAUCGAGUCUGAGAAUUUAGGUUUUGAAUUGCGUGAGGUUGUGGCGAAGGAGAGGCAAUUUAGGGCUUCUGAGGGGGUAAUUGGACCGGCUCUGGAUAUAAUCGACGAUUUUUCUGGAGAGGAUGCUGAGUUCAAGACGAUGAAGGAGUUUAUAGAUCUUGAAUUUCGGAGGAAGAAGAAUGCUGGUCGCGAUUUAAGAGAAAUUGCAGGGAGUGUGUGGGAAGCGGCUUCAGUCUUCAGCAAGAAACUCGGAAAAUGGAGGAAAAAGCAGAAAAUGAAGAAUCUCGGUAAUGAUACCGAUGUAGGUGCGGCGAAGACAGAGGCUAUCAAGCCGAGAGUGCUUGAAGUCAGGGAGACUCGUUCCGAGGUUGGAGAAUACGGAUUGGGAAGAAGGUCUUGUGAUACAGAUCCAAGAUUCUCUGUCGAUGCAGGUAGAAUGUCGCUGGAUGACUCACGGUAUUCGUUCGAUGAGCCAAGGGCUUCUUGGGAUGGGUAUCUGAUUGGAAGAACUCAUCCAAGGCCUACGCCGAUGGUUUCAGUUUUGGAGGAGGCCAAAUUACCUGGGAUUGGAUUUGAGAAAGACGAUCCUUCUGAUGAAGCAGAAGGAUCUCCGAUGAAUGUAGGCGAUAAGAUCCCUGGUGGAUCGGCUCAGACUAAAGAUUACUAUAUGGACUCAUUGUCUUCUGUAAGGCGGAGGAAGAGUUUCGAUCGUUCAAGUUCACACAAAAAAGGGGCCUCAGCGGAUUUCGAUGACUUGAAAUUAAUAUCAAACGCAAAGGUAUCUCCUGCAACUACAGAGUUGUUCUAUGGUGCAAAGGUGCUAAUUACAGAGAAAGAUUUGAAGGACUCACACUCAAAAGCAACCAGAGAUGGCGAUUUGAGUGGCACCAAUAUUACCUCAAAAGAUUCUGUUCCUGAUGCGACUGGGAUUGAUCGAAAGACGUUCAAAAAGGUGCAUAGAUGGCGUAAAGUGUUGAGUGUUUUGGGUAUGUUCCAGAAGCGAAGUGGUGAGAGCAGCAAGUCUGAUGAUGAAGAAAGCUGUGUUGGUGGAAAUGUGGUUGAUCGGCCUUUUGCCGCCGAGUCGUGGGAAAAGCUGAGGCGUGUUGCUAAUGGAGAAGCAAACGGUUCUGUUAGCCAGAAGCUCAUUCGUAGUUACAGCGUUAGCUGUAGAGAUCCCAGCAAGCUAGCUGGGAUUAAUGGCGGUGGCAACGAUUCGAAACUGUACGGUUUGAGGCGAAGAGACGAUUUUACAUUGCAGAGGAAUCGGAGUGUCAGGUAUUCCCCAAAGAACUUUGAUAAUGGCUUAUUAAGGUUCUAUUUGACACCACUGAGAAGCUACAACAGAGGCAAACCAGGAAAGAGCAGGCCAAGAAGCUCUCCUUUCAAUGUCAAACAUCCCACGUAAAAAGGUGCACCACUUCUUCUUCUUCCAUUAAAGCUUGUACUGUAAACAUUCUAUAAAUUAGUUGUUCUCGUUCCUCAGAUAAAACUUAUGUUCUUAUUACGAGCUGGAUAAAGCUUGAAAAUUGAAAUCAAUUUCAGUUCUUAA